AUGUUGGGCAGUAAAGCCAAUUUGGAUACGAAAUUUAGUGCUUUAAAGACUGCUAAAACUGUGGUAACAGGAACAACUUUAGAUUCAAAUUCACAUCCAAACUCAAAUGAAAUUAAAACUGAUACAGAUAAUGAAUUAAGCAUGUUAAACUCAACCAUUAAUAGUAAUAAUAGCGGUAACACUAAUAGUAAUAUCAAUAGCAAUAGUAAUAAUAACAGUAAUAGCAGUAAUAGUAAUAGUAAACCACAAUCGAAUGAAUUUGUACGGAAGAUUUAUGGUAUUUUAGAAAGAGGUGACUAUCCUGAUAUAGUUAGAUGGACAGAAAAUGGUGAUAGUUUUGUAGUUUUAGAUACUGGUAGCUUUACAUCACAAAUAUUACCAAACCAUUUUAAGCAUUCAAAUUUUGCAAGUUUCGUAAGACAAUUAAACAAAUACGAUUUCCAUAAAGUUAAAAGAACUCAAGAAGAAAGAAAGGCUUGUCAGUAUGGUGAAUUAAGUUGGGAAUUUAAUCAUCCUUUAUUUAAAAGAAAUCAAGAAGCAAAUUUAGAUAACAUUAAAAGAAAAGCUGCAACCCAGAAGAAAGUUUUAGUAGAUGAAAAAAGUCUAUUAUUAAAUAAAGCAGAUGGUACUCAAGCACUUGAAAAUGAGUCUGCAAUGAAUUUAAUUUUAAAUAAUACUGUGAAUUCAGAAAGUUUUACUCAAUUAAAGAAAAAAGUGGAAAAGCUUCAUAAAGAAAUUGAUAGUUAUAAAAAGGAAAAUGACAAUUAUAAAAUCGAACUGGAAAAAUUAAAUAACAAAUAUUAUACCGUUCUAGAAAGUUUAUUAACUUUUAAAACUGUAAAUGAUAAUUUAAUCGGUAAUUUUAAUACAUUAUGUCAAAUUUUAACAAGUCAAGGUAUUGACCUACCUCAAUCAAUUCAAUAUAGCUCCCCGCAAAAGGAUUUGAAAUUAUUAACUACUGAAAGUUCUACUCAAUCAUUGGUAAAUGCUCAAGAUUCAACAUCACAAAGUACUCCAGAUAAUGUACGAAAUGUACAAGCACCUACUAAUGUUCCUAUCCCAGAUGUUAUAGGAGGAAGUGCUGAUAUAAAUUCGAAAAAUGAUGAUAUCGGUGAUGUAGAUUCUAAUGAAUUAAAGAAAGGUUUCCAUGUCUUACUUGUAGAAGAUGACGAUGUAUCGAUUCAGUUGUGUUCAAAGUUUUUAAGAAAAUACGGUUGUACUGUUCAGGUCGUGACCGAUGGUCUCGCCGCCAUCUCGAUACUAGAAAAGUUUAGAUUCGAUUUGGUGCUGAUGGAUAUAGUUAUGCCUAAUUUAGAUGGUGCUACUGCAACUUCAAUUAUAAGAAAUUUCGACAACCGUACUCCGAUUAUUGCUAUGACUGGUAGCAUCGAACACCAAGAUUUGAUAACGUAUUUACAACAUGGUAUGAAUGACAUUUUAGCAAAGCCAUUUACUAGGAAAGAUCUGUAUUCAAUAUUAAUAAGAUAUUUGAAAGACAGGGUACCGAUAUCAGACCAAAAGAAUCAAUUACAACAAGAGCAGACAUUUGAUAACGUAAGGAGGAGUCCAGAAGUACAUGAGGAUUCCCAACAACAAAAUAUUCCGGUAAUGAUGAAUGAUGGACCUCCAUUGAAAAAGACAAGACUGUAA